CAGCGCUGUGUCUUUAAGGGGCACGCGCGGAGGUUUUCCGUCCGGGACAAAAUGUCAGCGAGGCGCCUGGAGGGGGAUCUACCAUCCCGGACUCCCGACCCGCCGCCGGCUCCGGCCGCGUUUCCCGGGUAAAGGGCGUGCGGGCGCCGCAGAAUGAGGAGUGGCGAGCCGGCCUGCACCAUGGACCAGGCCCGCGGGCUGGACGACGCGGCGGCGCGGGGCGGUCAAUGUCCGGGACUGGGGCCGGCGCCGACGCCGACGCCUCCCGGCCGCCUGGGGGCGCCAUACUCCGAGGCCUGGGGCUACUUCCACCUGGCGCCGGGGCGCCCCGGGCAUCCGUCGGGCCACUGGGCCACCUGCCGUCUGUGCGGGGAGCAGGUGGGCCGCGGCCCGGGCUUCCACGCGGGGACCUCGGCGUUGUGGAGGCACCUGAGGAGCGCGCACCGGCGGGAGCUGGAGAGCAGCGGCGCCCGGAGCUCCCCACUUGCCGCGCCCUGCCCGCCGCCGCCCGGUCCCGCUGCGGCCCCCGAGGGCGACUGGGCGCGCCUGCUGGAACAGAUGGGCGCGCUGGCCGUGCGCGGCAGCCGGCGGGAGCGGGAGCUGGAGCGGCGCGAGGCGGCCGUGGAGCAGGGCGAGCGCGCCCUGGAGCGGAGGCGGAGGGCGCUGCAGGAGGAGGAGCGCGCCGCGGCCCAGGCGCGCCGGGAACUGCAGGCCGAGCGGGAGGCGCUGCAGGCGCGGCUGCGGGAGGUGAGCCGCCGUGAGGGCGCCCUGGGCUGGGCCCCCGCUGCGCCGCCGCCGCUCAAGGACGACCCCGAGGGUGACAGGGACGGCUGCGUCAUCACAAAGGUCCUCCUGUAGGGGUGUGGCCACUUCCCCACCCCAGGACAGCGCUUCUCCGUCCAAUGCCAAUGCCUUCAGACCCCGCUGGGACCGAAGCCGUAACCGAAGCCAGGCCCGCAGCCGCUACUCACUCGGAAGCUCCAGCUAACUGUAGGACCUUCCACACCCUAAGGCUUCAGCUUGAGAAGCACUUCGAAGCCAGAGCAGAACCAAAACUCACUUCCAUGGGGUCACCGGGGGUGCCUGGGCGGCCUUUCGUGGGCAUGCACGCAAGGAAUUGGGGUGGCACACGGGACACCCGAGAGCUCCAGGAGCCCCGUGAACCCAGACCACCCAGUGCCAUGGCCACUUAGGGCUGGGAACCCGAACCUGGUGACUUUGAAAGGAUAGAGCUUCAUUCCAUACCAAAGACUUAUCACACCAUGUGCCUAUACACCCAGCAGCCCAAGGUGGAGGGUGCGUGGAAAUGAGAAAGCUUUUUACCCAAAAAAAAAAAAAGAGAGUUCCUAAUGCAUAAUCUGCCCAACAGCAAGUUCUGAAGGGUGGGGGAGGGACGUCCCCUCUAGUUUCCAUGACUGCUAUAGACCCGCAUCAUCUCUAGCCCUCAUCGGGGCAGUCCCAGAGCCCGCUCUUUUACUGCCUGUAUUAUUCAACCAAUACCAGGUGCACUCUGUCUCCCCUCGGCCAUCCUUCCCUUGCUUCAGACCUAAUGACAAGUGUGGCACAUAUGUCCACUUUCAGGCCUCACAUCUGCCACCUUAGCAAGACAUCACCUCAUCCCCUUGUCACUAGGAAGAGGGUUUCUUCCCCACAUGUCGUCAUAGUCCUCACCUCUGGGCUGAAGGGGAAAGCAUCCCUCCGCUUAAGGCCACAUCUACCUGUCAUUUUUCCAUCCCAUUCCUCUCCCACGUUUACUGGGUCUUUCCUCCUGUAGUAUUCCCCCUUUCGCUGUCUCAGUCCCUCCCUUUCCCCCAGGCUCUUCUUCCUCAGCAAUGUGCAGUCUCCCUUUCUUACUGAAAAGAAAGACUUAACCCAGAAGGGCCAACAAGUCCUGGCUGCCUAUCCUUCCUCCCCAGUUUUUACUCCCUCACUCUGGGUCAGUUUUCUUUUCUUUUUAUUUAUAUAUAUAUAUAAUACUUUAAGUUCUAGGGCGCAUGUCAGUUUUCUAUGCUUCACUGGACUAUUUCCAAGCUGCCAGAAUCUCUCAGUGACCAAAUAUGAUUAUCUAUUUGCAGCCUUCAUUUUGCUUAAUCUCUCCCUUGAAAUUGCUCUCUUGGUAGGUGGAUCCUGUUUUUCCUUCGAAGAAUUCCUUUUCCUGUUGCGUACUGGUUCCCAGUAUUUCCAUAGGCCUCUUUUUUUUCUCAUUUGUUUAUAUUGAAAAAUUCCACACAUCCAGAAAAAGUUGAAAGGCUAGCACAAUGAAUACUCAGAUACAUACUCUCCACUUGGAUUGAAUAGUUGUUAACAUUUUGCCAGAUUUACUAUUCUCUCCACCCCAUGCAUGUGUACAUAUGACAUUUCAACCCGAGUAUUACCACAUAGAUUUCCUGAGAACAAAGACACCGUUCUACAUGAUUACAUUAAGAUGAUCAUGCCUAAAAAUAUAAACAGUAACUUCUUUAUAGCCUCUAAUACAGAGCGCUUAAUACGUAUUCAACAAUUGUCUCCAGAAUGUUUGUCUUUAAAAACAACAACAACAACCAGGUCCCAUCAAGGUUCAUACAUUCUUUUGGUUUCACCUCUAGUCACUUUCAGUCUACAACAACCCCAACAUAUUUUCCCAUGAUACUUUUUGAAGCAUCCAGGCCAGCUGUCUUAGCAAAUGUCCUCUAUUCUGGAAGUGUCUGCUUAGGCCUAUGUCUACACUCCACUCGUGGCUCAUAUCCCUGCAGAGUUGUAAUCUCCUCUGGGCCAAGGACUCCUGAAUAUCUCCAGGCCGAGUGUUCUCCCCGGGCCUGGAGAAAACCUUCAUGCCCAAUCCCUUGCUGCAUGUCUCCACCCCUCCUUGCACAUCCUGCCUCUAUGAGCGGAAGAGGCAAAUCUACUCAACCCCGCAUCCCACCCCUCACCUGAUAACUAACAUUUACUGGGCACUAACAAUGUAUCAGGCACAUACUACACACUUAACAUGCAUUGCUUUCACAUACCAGCUCCAUGGUAACACUGCGCUGGCUUUACAGCUAAAGAAACUGAGCUAGAAAGGGGUUAACUAUCCUGUACAAGAUCACAGCUGGCCAGCAAUAGAGGUGGGAUCCCACUGCAGACAGUCUCCCCCACAGAUGCCAUGCUCCCACUGUACCACCAUGUACUGCUUCCUGAGAUCUCUGCUUCCUUCAGUCGACCCAGCUGACACCUGUUUCCUUCCUAACUCCAACUAAUUAAUUCCAGUUAAUGGAAUUGACUGGAAUUAGUGACAUUAAUAUUUACUGAGCAUUCCCCAUGUGUCAUCAGAGCUGUGCUAAAUGCUUUACAAGAAUAAUUACCUGCCAUAAAGCAACCCUAUGACAUAGGUGCUACUAUGCCCAUUUUGUAGAUGAGACAGGUUCAGGGGAGUUAGUAUCACCUUCAAGUCAUACAGUGGCUAAGAAUCUGUAUGGGGUUUGAACUGUGGUCUCGCUGAAUGCUGGGCGCCUGCUCUGCUAAGUCUAUUUCUACAAAACAUUGCACUGCCUUCCUAUUGCCUGCCAAGCUCAGGGUCCAUUUAUCAUGCAUCUUCCCAUCCUUGUCUCCCCCAGCUGUCCCUUACCUGAGUCACAAUUUCGCCAAAGCCAAAGGGAUUGUCCUAAGCCAAUGUUGAUUUAUUAUAUCACUCUUCCUGCUCAAAAGCCCCCAAGAUCACCUAUCAAUCACCUACUUAUUAGAGUGCAAGCUUUGACUCUGUCACCUGACAUUCAAGUCCCCCUCUGCCCCCAUGCCAGUCUUAUCCCCUCCCCUACAUAUGCCCUAUCCUGCAGCCAAAUUGGACUCUGUUCUUCCUGACAAGACCUGGUAUUGGCAUCUCUAUGCCUCAGUUUGCCUUCCCUCCACUUUAAAAAGCCUCUUCAGUCUCGAUACAAAAAACAUCCCACACAUGUUCUAAAACCAUGCUUUCCUUGAUUUCUCCUCAUGUCAAGACAUUUCUUACUUCUCUAGUCUCCUACCAUUUUGUGCCUCACAACCCUCAGGACAGGCCAGCUAGUGUAUGGCUGUGGGUUUUUAUCUCACCUCCCCUGCCUGACCCUGAUCCCUUGUGGGGAGUAUACUCACCCUACUCCUACAGUGCCUUGCAUUCCGUAGCUGCUCAGUACAUUAACCCAUUCAAUGUCUUUAAGAUUUUUACAAGUUAGUUUUCCUGUAAUUACUAAUCAUUUAUCUUUAAUUCUGAGUAAAAUUCACAACAACAAAUAAAAGGAAAUAGUAAUAAUUUUUUAAGCUGUUUAGUCAAUAAAGAUUUAAUGUGUCAGUUAUUGGACUGUUUGGUUUGAAGCCAAUCAACCAUUCUGGUAUGUAAAUCUACUUUUUUAUUAUACAAGUAACACAAAAUGUAUUGCCUCAGUCGAGCAAGAAGAACAGAAAAAAACAACACCCCAAAAUCCUGUCACCUCUGUAAAACUGCUAUUAAUUAACAUUUUAAUAUA